AACAAAACGGAAGGCUCCGGCUCCACCGCGGGACAACCCUGGGCAGGGGGCGGCCCGGGGGCCCCAACCCCGCCCCCAGCCCCCAGGCGCCUCUCCACAGAACCGGCCUCGGCCGCGCUCGACGCCGCUGCCGCUCGCGAGAAGCUGCGAGACUGUUCGGGAGGGGGGCGGGGUGCCGGGAUUGGCCGGCGGACAGUGACGUCAUCGGAGCGCCGGGCCGCGGCGCGCCGGGAUUGGCCGGCCGGAGGUGACGUCGCAGGGGCGCCACCGGGACGGCCGGGCUGUGACGGGUCUCCGCGGCGGCGAAGUGGCGGGGCGCUGGGGGAGUCGCGAUGCCGGGGCUCGGGCGCCGUGCUGCUCCCGGUGUCGCCGUUCUGGGGGCCUCGAUCCCGGGGACUGACCGCGAGAGGGGCGCCCGCCUCCUGCCGGCCGCCGCAGCUUCUCGGCUCCCGGACGAGGGCCAGGAUGGCAAAGCAGAAGAGAAAAGUUCUCGGAGGGACAGAGGAGCAGAGCAAAAAACGGAAGAAGGCGCCAGCAGAGGGGCCAGGGCAGGCCCCGGAAGCCAGGCCGGACGCGGGGGAGCCAGGCCUGCAGGCUGCGGACGCCACCCUGUCCCCGGAGGAGCAGAGGGUGCUGCAGAGGAAGCUGAAGAAGGCGCGGAAGCAGCAGCUGCGGGCCGCUGGGCGCACGGCCCAGGACGCGGGGGCCAGGCCCUCGGGGGCGCAGCUGGCCCUGGACUACCUCUGUGGAUGGGCCCAGAAGAACGCGAGCUGGAGGUUCCAGAAGACGAGGCAGACGUGGCUCCUGCUGCACAUGUUCGAGGAGGACAAGGUCCCUGAUGAGCACUUCCCCACCCUGCUGGCCUACCUGGAGGGGCUGAGGGGCAGGGCCCGCGAGCUGACUGUGCAGAAGGCCGAAGCCCUGAUGCGGGAGCUGGACGCGGACACGGCAGGCGGUCAGGACAGCCCCCUGGACGCCACCCGCCGAGGGAAGACGCAGCGCCUGCGGCAGGUGCUGCAGCUGCUGUCCUAGGUGGGGAGGGCAGGCCCAGGGCUUGGAGCUGUCAAGCCACGCCCCUUCGCCCCGCCCCCCACCCUCUUCAGUGGCUGCCUGAGGGUGAGCCAGGUGCUGGGGUGCUGCGGCGGCAGCUGUCCUGGGCAGAGCUGGGGCGUGGGUGCCCUGCCAGGCCCAGCUGUGCACACGGGCGCAGGGGAGCCCUUGGGACUGUGUUCUUACUUGCAAUAAACACUGUGGCCCCAUGA